AUGGGACCCCCCUUGGAGAGGGAUGCGCCCCCGGAGGCGGAAGAGGAUGCGGCUCACUACGGGCGCCGACUUGAAGUGCAACGGGCAUUCAACUUCUCUCCCUCGGUUCUGAAAGAGGAGAAAUGUCCCGUGCGCGGAAAGGAAGCUGAGAUUGUACCCGCAGGGUUGGGAUCGAGUGUGCUCUUCGCUUACCCGGAGCUGGCCACCAUCACCGGUGUGCAAGGCGUCAUCGUCUACGCCUUGUCCUCCUCUCUGCCGCUGCUCAUCUUUGCGGCUCUCGGCAGCAUCAUCCGCCGGAAGACCCCCGAAGGUUUCGUGCUCACGGAAUGGACGCGCCAGCGCUAUGGCACCGCAGCCAUGCUGUACCUCAGCGCUGCGACGCUCUUCACCCUCUUUCUGUACCUGACGGCAGAACUCUCUGCCAUUGGCCAGGUCGUGACGACCUUGACGGGCGUCAACCAGCUGCCCGUCAUGCUUGUCCAGGUUGCCGUCACCACCAUCUACACCUCUUUGGGAGGAUUCAAGAUAUCCUUUGUCACAGACAACAUCCAGGGAGGCAUGGUCAUCUGCCUUAUUGUCAUUGCUGCCGCCACCAUUGGUGCGCUGACCGACAUUGACACCUCCUUGAUCCGGGAGUCAGAAUUUCUCAAGCCCACCCUCCUUGGCUGGCAGCUUCUGUACAUCCUGCCCGUCUGCAUCCUCACGAACAACUUCUUCCUGUCCAACUACUGGCUGCGCGCUUUCGCUUCCAAGACUGACAAGGACCUUUGGAUCGGCGUGUCCCUCGCGACCACGGUUAUUCUGUGCGUCCUGGUCCUCGUCGGCAUGACUGGUUGCAUUGCUGUCUGGUCUGGUGCCCUGCCGCUUGAUGAAGUGGCUACUUCCGGCUCGGUUGCCUUCUUCAUUCUCCUGGAUCGUCUCCCGUCCUGGGUCAUUGGGGUUGUGCUCGUCAUGGUCGUCACAAUGUCCUGCUCCGCCUUUGACACCCUCCAGUCAGCCAUGGUCUCGUCAGCGUCCAACGAUCUCUUCCGCAACCGCCUGAACAUUUGGUGGAUUCGUGCCGGCAUUCUGCUGAUCAUCAUUCCUGCCAUCGUCAUUGCCCUCGAGGCCCCGUCCGUCCUUCAGAUCUACCUCAUCUCGGAUCUCGUCUCCGCCUGCAUCGUGCCCGUGCUCUGCAUUGGCCUCUCAAACAAGUGCUACUGGUGGCGUGGCUUCGAGGUCAUUGUUGGCGGACUUGGUGGCAUCCUCACAUCGUUCCUCUUUGGUGUCAUUUACUACGAUGGAGACGUUCAUCGUGCCGGCAACCUUCUCCUCAUCUCUGAAGGUCUCUACGCUGAUGACUGGAGCGUCUUUGGCGUCUUUGUGGCGGCUCCUGUCGGUAGCAUCGUGUGGGGCUUUGCCGCCCUUGCGUGCCGCCUGUCGUUCCAGUACAUCCAGGCCAAGCGCAGUGGCUGCCGCUUCGACGCCCUUGACCGGCCGUACGGCCCCGGCUUCGGCCCCAGCCCUGAGGAACAGGCUCACUACCGCCAGAGCGGCUCUGGCGACGACGUUGCCGACGUCAGCUCAGAGCACGAGCAGGCCGGAUCCAAGCCUGCCGGCAAGUUCUUCUGA